AUGGUCGCCCUCAAGCACUUGGGGGCAGCUGCUGUCUUAUGCCUCAGCCUUGUUCCUUCCGGACUUGCCCAGUUCGAUGGUACAUCUAACGACCUUGCUGCCCGAGACGAUUAUGAGCAGAUUAUUGCCCGCGGUAUCGAUAACGGGUUGGAUGCUCGUGACAUAUUGGAGGAGCUCUAUGCCCGUGGCGGAACAAAGCCAAAUAAUCCGGGACCAAAGCCGAUAGAGAUCUACAGCGUCGGAACCUCUAUGCCCGUGGCGGAACAAGGCCAAAUAAUCCUGGACCAAAACCGGUGA